CUUUCUGAAAGCUGAAUGAAAAGAAAACCCAAAGACCACUGCAAUGGGUCGUCUUCUUCUUUUUCUUCUUUUUCUACGUUCAACGCUUAAAAUCCCUUGCGAGACGCUUAAGCUUAGACAGAGCGAUUGAUUGAGGGAAGUAAAAAACAGAAAGAAAAAAAAAAAACUCAGUCAGUAAAAAAGCAAGCAAUAAUGUCUCUGAGUGCACCUCGCUUGAACCCCCAUUUCGCGGCCGAGAAGGCGGUGGCGGCUAUCGGAUUGGGCUACGAUCUCUGCAACGAUAUACGAUUGUCAGCGUGCAAGUCGGGUCAGCCCGGGUUGAGACUGAUUGAGUUGGAGCAGACCCAGGAACGAGACCUUUUGAUUCCAGGUGGGGUUGUUGUUCCACACGUGUCCACCUCCAUCAAGUGCGAUAAAGGCGAGCGCACCAGGUUUCGCUCCGAUGUUGUUUCAUUUCAUCAGAUGUCAGAGCACUUCAAUCAGGAAAUGUCUCUAUCAGGCAAAAUUCCAUCAGGGCUAUUUAAUGCAAUGUUCGACUUCAGGGGCUGCUGGCAGAUGGAUGCAGCUGCCACAAGGAGUCUUGCAAUGGAUGGUUGGUUCAUAACUCUUUAUAAUAUUGAGUUAGAUAGAUCACAAAUAACGCUGUCCGAACAGGUCAAGCAAGAAGUGCCUAAUUCAUGGGACCCUGCUGCCCUUGCUGAGUUCAUUGAUAAAUAUGGUACUCAUGUUGUUGUUGGGGUAAAGAUGGGAGGUAAGGAUGUAGUUCUCGUAAAGCAAUUAGAAGGUUCAAAUCUUCAGCCAACUGAAGUGCAGAAAUUGUUAAAGCAAUUAGCUGAUCAGAGAUUUUCUGAAGAUGAGAAUGGAGGUUUCUUAUCAAACCCUGCUGAAUUAUCAGGAAAAAUGAAGGAAGAAAACAUUAUGCCCUGGGAUCUCCGUAAUGCCUCAGUUAGGCCUCCUGAUAUCACUUACUCAAAGAAUGAUGAUAUAGUGCGGAUCUGUAUCAGAAAGGGAGGCAUUGAUGUUGGUCAAAGUCAUAAUCAGUGGCUGUCAACCAUAUCACAGUCUCCUAAUGUCAUAUCAAUGUCCUUUGUGCCUAUAACUUCACUCUUGAGUGGUGUCAGAGGCAAUGGAUUUCUGAGUCAUGCAGUGAAUCUGUACCUUAGAUAUAGGCCACCAAUAGAGGAACUCCAUCAAUUUUUAGAAUUUCAAUUGCCUCGGCAGUGGGCUCCAAUGUAUAGCGAUUUGCCUCUUGGUCUAAGGCACAGAAAACAAGUGUCCCCAUCGCUUCAGUUAACUUUUAUGGGCCCCAAGCUUUAUGUCAACACCACGCAGGUUGACUCUGGAAAUCGGCCAGUGACAGGGGUUCGUUUAUACUUGGAAGGCAAGAAAAGUGACCGUCUUGCAAUUCAUCUUCAGCAUCUCGCAACUCUUCCCAAAAUCCUCCAACUAGCAGAUGAUCACAGUUAUGAGCCCAUUGAGGAACCAGUGGACCAAGGCUACUUUGUACCUGUCAAGUGGAACAUAUUAUCACAUGUGUGCACUGCUCCAGUAGAGUAUAACGGUGCCCACAUUGGUCAGUCUGCUUGUAUUGUUACAAAGGCCUGGUUUGAAGUUAAGGUUAUUGGAAUGAGAAAAAUUUUGUUCCUGAGACUUGGAUACUCCAUGGUGGCAUCUGCAAAGAUACGGAGAUCAGCAUGGGCAGGACCCACUACGUCGUCUCGAAAAUCAGGUUUCAUCUCAAUGAUGAUCAGCACAAGAUUUAGCGCAGGAUUGAAUCCACCUGAGAAACCAGCUAAAGUGGAUAUGAAUUCAGCAAUUUAUCCAGGAGGCCCUCCUUUACCAACAAAGGCACCAAAGAUGUCAAACUUUGUAAAUACGAUGGAAAUGGUGAGAGGUCCCGAGGACCCGCCAGGAUAUUGGGUGGUCACCGGAGCUAGGCUCAAUGUAGUGGGUGGCAAAAUCUCAAUAACCGUGAAAUACUCAUUGUUGACCAUAAUGUCCGAGGAUUCAAUGUGAGAAAACCGAACAGGGAAGUGCUCAAGCAAUUUUUUCCCUUGUUGAAAAUGUACAUUAUGUAUUUAAAAUCAGCUUCAAUAGCAAUUUAUUUUGCGCAAGCAAAGCCAUUCUGGCAUGACAAUGUUAAUCAUAUCUUGGAAACCACUGUCCUUUUGGGAGAAAUAUCUAGGUGGCAAUGGCAUUACUGCUUCUUGAA